UUUAAUGAUCAUUUGGAAGAACUUUAAUGGCAAAUUCAACUUAAUUAAACUGGAAAGGCUGCUUGAAAACAGCUGUUUCAAAUUGGGUAUGGAAGUGGGGUUUAGAAAUUCAUUCUUGUGGUCCCUUUUUUGCUAUCCACAGCCUGUUAAGAGCUUGCUGUUGGAGUAACCACUGAAAAAGCUCUUGUUCAUUGUGUUUUGAAUUGGGUAUUUCUUGUUUCUUUCUUCAUUUUGGUUUACACCCAUGUCAAAAGAUUCAAUUUUUAAUAAUGGAAUUGCACUAAAAAGCUCUUCUUGAUUGUGUUUGAAUUUGGGUCUUUCUUGUUUCUUCCUUUUGGUUUACACCCAUGUUAAAAGAUUCAAUUUUUCAAGGGGAAGUUCUACUUGAUAGCUCUUCUUGACUCUGGUUUUUAUGGUGGAUUUGCACUAAAUAACUCUUCUUGAUUGUGUUUAUGUGGUGGCAUUUAGGUGACUUGACUUAGCUCUUGUUGUUUCUUCCUUCUGGUUCACACCCUUUUCAAAAGAUUCAAUUUUCAUGUUGGAGUUGCACUAAAAAGCUGUUCUUGAUUGUGUUUUCAUGGUGGCAUUGAGGUAAUCUGAAUCAAGUCUUCUUGUUUCUUCCUUAUGGUUCACACCCUUUUCAAAAGAUUCAAUUUUUCAUGGUGGAGUUGCACUAAAAAGCUGUUCUUGAUUGUGUUUUCAUGGUGGCAUUGAGGUAAUCUGAAUGGGGUCUUCUUGUUUCCUCCUUUUGGUUCACACCCUUUUCAAAAGAUCUAAUUUUUUAUGGUGUGGUUGCUCUAAAAAGCUGUUCUUGAUUGUGUUUUCAUGGUAGCAUUGAGGUAAUCUGAAUGGGGUAUUCUUGUUUCCUCCUUUUGGUUCACACCCUUUUCAAAAGAUUUAAUUUUUCAUGGUGUAGUUGCACUGAAAAGCUCAACUGUAUUUUCAUGGUGGUAUUGAGGUAACCUUUCUUCUGGUGUACUGUUCGAACUCGGUAGAUAAUUGGCACACCCCUUGACCCUUCUCCACUUAAAUACGAGGCUUUUUGUUAUGUCCGCCUUACUCACAAAUCAGGCAUAGGCAUUGCACUCUUACCACUGAACCAAAGCAUCUAGGAGCAUUUCCAAUCUGAAGUCUAGAGGAAAGUUGUUCGCUCAGAUCUUGUCUAACACUAUUUUUUUCGUGCUUUUGGUGUUAAUCAUAGUUUAUUGGUAGUUUCUUCUGAUUUUUCAGUUAAGAAAGUUUUUUUUCUGUAUCAAGAUUGCUCUAGAUAGUUCAGAAAGAUCUAUAAUGCUAUAGUGUAGGUUCUUAGUAUCAUCUGGGGAAUUGGAACUUAGCUUAUUCAGCCACUCUCAUAUCGACAUUGAGGCGUAGUUAUUGUUGUUGUUGACCUAACUGGAGCAGUGUUAGAAAGAAUUGAAGUCCAGUGUUUACCAAUAGGCUCUUUAGAAUGGUAGACUUGAGAACAAUGUCAUGGAUGCCUUUGGUGCUAGCAGUAGUUGUGUCCAUCUUUUUGAUUCAGGAUUCGAAUGCUGCAUUCGUUCCUGCUGAUAACUACUUAAUCGCGUGUGGAUCAUCACAAAAUGUGACCUAUAUCGGCCAGACAUAUGUUCCCGAUUCACUCCAUUCUUCAGCUGCUUUAGAAAAUAAGGAAGAUUCUAUUGCUGCAACAUCCAAUUCAAGUGCUCCAUUUUCGAUCUAUCAGUCAGCCAGAAUCUUCCAUACUACGGCGUUUUACAAGUUCGAUAUUAAGCAAGAAGGCCACCAUUGGAUCCGUCUCUAUUUCUACCCUCUUCCAGGGCACAACUUAACGUCUGCCUCAAUGACAGUGGUCACGGAAAAUUUUGUUCUGUUGAACAAUUUCAGUUUCAAGAGCUAUAAUGGAACAUACCUUCUUAAGGAAUACGCGAUCAAUGUCAAUUCAGAUAGUUUGAUUCUUGCUUUGAUCCCUUCAAACAACUCCGUUGCAUUUAUCAAUGCCAUUGAAGUUGUAUCAGUACCUAAUGAGUUGAUCCCUGAUCAAGCAGUGGCUGUAUCUCCCGUAGCACCUUUCAGUGGCCUUUCUGGACUAGCCCUUGAAACUGUUUAUCGUCUAAACAUGGGUGGUCCUCAUCUCACUGCUCUGAAUGACACCUUGGGAAGAACGUGGGAGAAUGAUGUGAAGUACCUUCACGUCAACAGCUCUGCAGUGAAUGUUUCAGUUAUUCCUUCAAGCAUAAAGUAUCCGGCUACUAUGACUCCUGAAAUAGCACCAAAUUGGGUUUACGCUACUGCUGAAACUAUGGGAGAUGCAAAUGUACCUAACGUGAAUUUCAAUAUCACUUGGGUGUUCCCUGUUGAUCCGAACUUCAUGUACUUCAUCCGAGUACAUUUUUGUGAUAUUGUGAGCGAAUCUCUGAAUAGUCUUCUGUUCAACCUAUAUGUUAAUGAUGACGCUGCUCUAUUGGACCUAGACUUGUCAAACUUAGCUGGAAAUUUGGAUGUACCGUUAUACAAGGAUUUCGUCUCCAAUUCCUCAGUAAACUCGAGUAUUCUGACAGUGAGUGUUGGUCCAGACACGAGUGCGGAUUGGAUAAAUGCAAUUAUGAAUGGACUGGAAAUCAUGAAGAUUAGCAAUGAAGCUAGAAGCUUGAGUGGGGUUCAAUCUGUUGAGACUCUCUUUGUGUUGCCUCACAAAAAGAAAAAGAUAGGUAUCAUUCUUGGUUCUGCCUUAGGAGCAUCAGCUGUUGUCGCGCUUAUUGCAUUGUGUUGUUGCUUUUUCAUAGCUCGACGAUCAAAGAUUUCCAACCAAGGACACUCAUGGAUUCCGUCCUUGUAUGGAAACUCUUUAACUUUGACGAAAACAACAGCUUCUAGGGGAACAGCAAGCUGCAUCUCCCUGGCUUCACCGAAUGUUGGACGAUUCUUUAGUUUCCAAGAGAUAAUGGAUGCAACUAACAAAUUCGACGAAAGCUUGCUUCUUGGUGUUGGUGGUUUCGGUAGGGUCUAUAAAGGAACAAUGGAAGAUGGAACUAAACUUGCUGUCAAAAGAGGAAACACAGGAUCUGAACAAGGCCUAGCUGAAUUUCAAACUGAGAUUGAAAUGUUGUCCAAACUUCGCCACCGUCACCUCGUGUCUUUGAUUGGUUAUUGUGAUGAGAGGUCUGAAAUGAUUCUUGUAUAUGAAUACAUGGCAAAUGGUCCUCUCAGAAGUCAUCUUUAUGGAACAGAUCUCCCACCUCUCUCGUGGAAGCAGCGUCUUGAGAUUUGUAUCGGUGCUGCAAGAGGGCUGCAUUACCUCCACACAGGUGCAGCUCAGAGCAUCAUUCACCGCGAUGUCAAAACCACCAACAUACUUUUGGAUGAUAACUUUUUGGCUAAAGUUGCUGACUUUGGUCUUUCUAAAGCCGGACCAGCUCUAGAUCAGACGCAUGUCAGUACUGCCGUUAAGGGUAGCUUUGGGUACCUUGAUCCUGAAUACUUCCGGAGGCAGCAGCUCACGGAGAAAUCAGAUGUCUACUCAUUUGGUGUUGUUCUAAUGGAAGUUCUCUGCACCAGACCAGCAUUGAAUCCGGUCCUUCCACGAGAACAAGUUAAUAUAGCCGAGUGGGCUAUGAUUUGGCAAAAGAAAGGCAUGUUGGAUCGGAUAAUGGACCCGAAUCUCAAGGGGCAGGUUAACCCAGCCUCCCUGAAAAAGUUCGGUGAGACAGCUGAAAAGUGUUUGGCUGAGUAUGGAGUUGAUAGACCUUCAAUGGGAGACGUGUUAUGGAACCUAGAAUACGCUCUUCAGCUUGAAGAAGCCUCAUCAGCGUUGACAGAGCCUGAUGAUAACAGUACGAACCAUAUCCCUGGCAUACCAUUAACACCAGUUGAGCCAUUCGACAACAGUGUUAGCAAUAUCCAAGGUAUAGUUAACUCAGGAACAGAUGAUGAUGCAGGGGAUGCUGCUACUAGUUCCGUUUUCUCUCAGCUGGUAAAUCCGCGGGGAAGAUGAGAAGCAAUACUCCCUCGUAUACGUGCUUGAGUAUAGUAUUGAAUCAAAUUUUCCCUACUAAAAUGUUUCGAGUGUGUAUUGUUUUUCAUUGAUGUACCUAGCAUAUACGAUGAAAAUCAUCGUUCAAAUACUGCAAGUUGUAGUAUUGUUUCCAUUGUUAGGUGAUACAUUGCAUCUGAUAGAUAGUCAUAUGAAUAUGUAUUUGUAAAAGCACUAUAAUUGUAUCCAUUCACAGAUAAUAAAUAUUAAGCAUAUGUUGCCUUUCUCUUC